AAAUUUACCAGGCACCUACCUAAAAGGGUCACGGAAAGAACACAUAAGUACUAUGAAUGUUUUCUUGCUGGGGUACUCCAAAGUUCCAACGUGACUGCUUUUCAUUUCAAUGUUGCCAUAAAUGUAAAUAUCUCAUCUUUUUUUCACUUAAAACCCAAUAUCCCGUAGUGUACUUCUAGCAAGGAAAUCUCUACAAGUAUUCGAUACCUUCAAGAUGGCAUUUCUACUUGACAGCGCUCGUCGCAAUUGGCAACUCUUCUAUCCUUCCGACGUGCGCAAGUCCCCUGCACCACUUCGAUUCGGAAUCCUUGGCGCUGCCAAUAUUGCGGCAAAUGCUCUCAUUACUCCUGCGAAGACUCAUCCUGAAGUCAUAGUUCAAGUCGUAGCCGCCCGAGACCUCUUAAAAGCAAAGGCUUUCGCGCAGAAACACCGAAUACCAGAAGUAGCCAGGACAUAUCAGGAUAUACUUAAUAAUCCUAACAUCAAUGCCGUCUACAUACCUCUACCCAAUGGAUUACACUACGAGUGGGCUUUCCGCGCACUCGCAGCCGGGAAGCAUGUACUUCUAGAGAAGCCUUCGGUGAACAAUUCAAGGGAAGCCGAAGCUCUCUUCAACAGCCCACUUCUAGAUGGUCCCCAAGCUCCCGUUCUCUUAGAAGCGGCUCAUUUCGUAUUUCACCCUGCCUGGGCGGCGUUCAUGUCUUAUGUUAAACCAUACCACGUCUCCAGCGCCAAGGCCGUACAAUUCGCCCCAAAACUGAUGUUUGGCAAGAACAAUAUCAGAUAUCGAUAUGACCUCGGGGGUGGUGCUCUUAUGGAUCUUGGUGUUUACGGAGCAAGCGUUUUAGCUCGAAUAUUCGCGACCAUCCCAGAAUUAUGUGAAGAAUGUGUCACGCAACCUAGUUCGUCUGAUCCGAGGUGCGAUCGCCAAUUCAAGGCCCGGUACCGGUUCCCUGGCGGUAGAUACGGCGUGAUGGAAGGUGACCUGAAUUCGUUCGAGAUAAAACCCGAAAUCCUUGUGGUGCAUAAUCCCAUUAUAGUGUCCGGCGAAGAGGCGGGGAUCGAACUGUCCCCGGGACUAGAAGUAGUACGAAUCCGCAAGGUCAGGUUCUCAGUUUACCUUCAGCCGUCGUACCUGCAUUACAUCCAAGUCGAUGACGACUUCAAGAUACGAGGGAUCGAAGAUCCCACAAAACGUGUUAUUAAGAGCUGGUCGGUCUGCAAGGCUGUGAAGGCUUACACAUUCCGCGAUAUUGGCAUCGAUCAACCGGGCGAACCCGAUUGGUCUACAUACCGGUACCAACUCGAGCAAUUCGUGAACAAGAUCCGCAACCGUGAGGUACAACAGUGGGUAGAUGGCGCUGAUUCAAUCAAUGCCAUGAAGAUGGUCGAUAUGGCUUAUACGAAAGCAAAGUUGCCGUUGAGGCCGAUGAGCGAGUAUACACUGCCACCGGAAGCAUAGGGGCUGAGGGCAUACAUGUGAGGGCUAAGGUGAACAGUAUUUUAUAUCCCCUUUUUUUUUCUCGGAAUAAUUAGCAGUACUUCGACUCGUUAAGCCAACCCUUCAGAGGUGUCGGUUGGGGCAGAUACCAACCACAACCACCGAAGAGGACGAAUAUGGCAUUACAUACGAAUAAUAAGCUGAAUAGAAAGCGUCUAUCAUUUGAAUUAACUUCUUAAUAAAUCCUAAAUGCGAUAUCUCAACCUUGAGGAAACC